AUGGCCUUAGGUAGGGAAUACGUAGUCUUUGUACGUCCGUCAUUCCUUAUGCCUGCUGGCUCCCGUAUUGUUACGAGGCAAAAAGGCCAGAGUAGAGCCGGUUCGAGAUGGGAUCGGCAGCGGAAUAUGGGUAUUGGCCCGGAGAAAUUCACUACGGCGAUACCGUACGGGCACUAG